AUGGGGAGGCCAACGGCCCGUCAUAACGGCUCGGGGUCGGCACGUCCGUGCAUACCAGAGAGUAUAUACGAUCCCUUCGUGGGCAAGGGUACAGCACGACUUAUUGAAAAGAUCUGGGAUCAUAAUGAUCCUCGUUCAAGUCCUUGCUUAUUCAAACUUUAUGCAUUGCUGGGCCUUCAUCGUUACAAUUUCUACGAGGGGACAAACUAUGCGCUCCGUCGCAUAGAGAAAUACUAUAAGGAAGGAGUAUCGGCAUGUAAAACCUUGUACAUAACUUGUGUUGCAAGCGAUCCAGCAAACGAUUCGCCUCAGGUUUUUUGGAUCAAAAUCUGGGAAGGACAAUGUGGUGUACUAGAUUUGACGUGCGCUAUUGCUGAACCUCGAGAUGGUCCCAGGACAGGAUCAGUGAGUCGUUUCCCUGACUUCAGACUCAGUUUCCCUGAGUGGCCGUCAGACAAUUCUUUCAGUGAUACAAAGCGGUUUUACGUGGUGAAGAAGUCAGAGCUUCAAGGACGAUGCCAAUAA